GCCAAUUGAAUAGCACAGAGUUAACGUUUAUGAAUUUUUAUCAUUCUAAACCAGUUGUAAGAGUUGACUUUUUAUAUGUCAUGUGUUUUAUUUUUUUUAUUUAGACUAAAAAUGAAAGUAAAAUAAGAGCAUGAAAAUUAUUAUCCUUAUUCUUGAUGUAAAGAGUUAAUUUUUUAAUAUUCAUUUGGGCGUUGCCAGGAUAUUAUAUUAUUUGUUUUUAUUUAUUUAUUUGUCAAUAAAGAUCAUGGAUGACAAUUAUAUUAGGUUAGAAAAUUAUGAGAUGCUCAAAGCCUUGUAUGAUUUCAAGGCCACAUUUGCAAAGACUCUUAGUUUCACUGAAAAUGAUCAUUUCAUUCUUCAUCAAUCAAACACUAAACAGAGAAAUUGGUGGCAAGUUGUCAACAAGCAUGGACAACUUGGCUAUAUACCAUCGAAUUACGUGACAGCUGUCAAAGUACAGCCACAUUUUAUGAUUGAUUUUCUUGAUGAAUGCAUUGAAAAAUUACAAAGUGAAUUUGCUAAACCAGGUGCACCAUUAUCAAUUGAUAAACAAGAUUUAUUACAACGUUUAAUUGAAAAAAAACGUCAAGCUGAAAUUAGUAAAAAACCAAAAAAACAAGCACCACUACCACCAACAUUUACAACAUCAUCAUCACCAAUUAAAGAAUCAACAGCACAAUCAACAAUAACAAUACCAAAAACAGAUGGUGAUAAUAAAUCAAUAACAAGUACAUCAUCAUUACCACCAAUUAAAUUAUCAUCAAAACAAAAUAAUUUGUAUGAAAAUGAUAAAAAUGACAUACCUCCAGUAUUACCUGAACGUAAAAAUUCAAUGACAAAUUCUGAUCAAAAUAUACCACGUCGUUUGUCAAAUGAUCAUCGUAGACCAUCAUUAUUACGGCAAACAUCAUCAGAAAUAUCUCAGACUUUACAAGCAGAUAAUAAUGAAUUUUUAAAAUCUUAUAGUCAGCCAAAUUUUCGUCAAAAUAAAAAACCAUCACCAUCACCAGUUAAAUCAUCAUCAAAUUUAAAUAAUACAUCAAAUCAACAACAACAGAAACUUGAUGAAAUUGAUUCCCAUGCAGCAUAUAAAAUACUUGAUGAUGUUAGAAAAAAUACUCAAUUAAGUUAUGACAUGUCGAAAUUAGCAGUAACUGUUGUUGUGAGUAAUUUAAAAGAUUUUUUUCCAUCAAAUAUAAGUCAUUACUUUGAUAUUGUAUUACAACAAUUAGAAAAACCAAUGAUAGUAUCAAAAUUAAGUAUUGAAGAAACUCACGAUGCUAAUAGAUUAAAAAUAAUAUUUGAUGAAUUAACAUCAUGCAAAGAAGAUUCACAACAACGUAGCUGGAUGUUGUAUGAAGAUGAAUCAAUAAUUGUUGAAUACAUCAAAGAAUUAACAUCAAUAUUAACAAAUGCUGAUGCAAAUGUAUCAAGAUAUGCAUUAAAAAAUGAUCAAUAUAAUGGUAUUGAUACGUUAAUUGAUUAUUAUCAAAUGGAAGCAAGAUGGACAAUACGUCAAUUGUUAUUACAAUCAUUUGGCGUUAUGUGUUCACUUGAUAAAAUUAUUGUUACAAUUAUGUUAAAUAGUAUAUUACCAAUGGAACUUGCACGUGAUAUGAUUAGUAAUCCAAGAAAUGUGCCAAAAUUAAAUUACUCAUCAUUACUUAUGACGAUGAUUUUUUCAAUGGGUGAAUCAAUGCCAAUAAUACACAUUGAACAACUUGGUCCAGAUUUUAUAUCAUUUUUAUUUGACAUGAUUGAAGAACCACCUGACACUGAUCUUGAUGAUCAAAUACCAGAUUUAUUUUUAAAUCUAAUAUUGUCAUAUAAUUUACAAUUUAAAAAUAAUGAUAAUAAUAUUGUUUUGAAUGCAUUAAAAGAACGAGCAAAUGCAAAUACAUUUAUUCAAAAGCUGCUGUUUUUAUUAAAUCGAGAAGAGGAUCCUGUUAGAAUUUUUGAUCAUGAACCAGCACCACCACAUUCAGUUUUAAAAUUAUUUAUUGAUUUAUUUGAAAACGAAAUAACAGCAUCGCUUUUUUAUACAAAUGAUAUUAAAGUAUUGAUUGACAUUGUCUUGAGACAGCUUUUUGAUAUUCCACCAGGUGAUAAGAGACGAUUAUAUUUAGAACUUUGUCGACGUGUAUUGCGAACAUCUGGAUAUGAUGAUCACCGUCAUAGAUCUGAAGAUCUACUUAAAUGUUUUACAAGAAUUUUUUGUGAAGAAGGAACUGAAAGUCAAGGUGAUCAACAAUUAAUUCGUGAAAUAAGCAAUGAAUUUCCAACAUUAUUUAAAAUGUGACAUUUGUUGUCAUCCUCCUUGUACAGGGAGGUUGAAGAUGAUGAUCUGCAAACACUUGUUUGAAUUUUACGUAACGUAUUAUUUAAUUUUAUAUAUAUUUUCAUUAAUUUAAUUAAUGAAAAUUUAGUUUAUUUAUUAUCAACUCACGUGAACGCGAUAAACUAGUGAUUAUAUUUUUAUCAGUUGAUAGUUUCAUUUUUUGGACCAAGAUUUAAUUAUUGUACAUAAAAAUUUAGAUAGAUUUCUUUUUUCUUUCAAUUGAUGCAGUUAAAUUAAUUAAUUAAUUAAAAAGUAAUGUCAGACACAAUUAAAUGAUUAAUAUAUAAAUUAAAUUAUAAAAAAAAAACAAUAUAGCAAUUGUGAUAGAAAAUUUUGUCUAGUCUAUAUAUCUAAUGUUAAACACAAAUUUAUUGCAAAUUAGAGAAACGUUUUACCUUCUCUAUUAAUGACCGAUAAUGUUUAUCUGUAAAUUAUUUAGCGUUAUCAAUGAUUUUAAAAAUGAUGCCAUAUAAAAUUUAAAUAGAUUGUAUUAUAUUUUUUUUUCUUAUUAUAAUUUAUUUGGUGGAAAUAUUUCUCCAGAUUUAAAAACAUUAGGAAAAGCUUUAUGCACAAAUUUUCGAAUUACCCUGAUAAUAGUUUAAACGAUGGGAAAUAAAUUAGACACUUAAAUUCCUGAAAUUAUAAAGAGAUUUAAAAUCAAAAAAGAAAAAAAAAAUACAAAGAAAAUAUAGUAAUACAAUAAUUAGAAUGAUUUAUCUGUGAAAGGUUUUUAAUAAUAAUAAAUAAUGCCAUCAAAUAAUAUUGUAAUUACAAUUUUCCUAAAAUGUAAUAAAAAUAAAUGUGUACGAAAGUGAUUGUCUGAUGCAGAUCGAUAAAAUAAGAUGCAAUCAAUCAGUAAAACGAGAAAAAAAGUUGAAGGAAAAAAAAAAAAAAAACUUUAUGAUAAAAAAAAAAAUGCUCUUCUA